GGAGAGAUCGAAACCAGUUCUCCAAGGUUCUCGCGUGUAACCACUACGACUAAUCGAUAACCGGAUCGAUCUUGCGGGCGAAAUCGAAUCCUAUGGCAAACAUCACGGAACUACAUCUUUAACCUAAUUGUCAGGAUUCCGAAAAAAAUUCGAAGUGUUAAUCCGAAUCAUUUUUCAAUCGAUGGAAAUUUUAUCGCGUGUCUCGUCCCUCGUUUCCAAACAAUUCUGAUGCCUCUCGUCGAGUGAGAACGAGGUUGCAUUAAUGGAGCGUGGUCAACGUGGUUCGAACAAGAAGGCCUCGAAAGAAAUCAAGGAGAAAACGGACGUGGUCGCGAUACCGGAGUUCGGUAGCCGUGAAGUGAUCGCGUUCGAGAACAAGGAGCAAUACCUCUUCCUAUUGGAAUUCUUCAUCCACCACAUGACCAGUGAUCGUUUAGCCAAACUCAAUCAAAUGUUCUUCGUCCCAACCACGAUAUCCGUCGAGUUUCUCAAUUUCACCGGGCGGGAGGGCAUCGAGAUCACCCCGGUUGACCCGAUGUUCCACCCCCAAGCCGGGAUAGCGGACGACAUCGAGUACUUCUUUUCCGGUCGUUCCGUGAUGUUCGCCAUCGAUCAGUACAGCGUGAUCAACAAACUCUUCGACCUGGUCAUCAAGGUUUGCGUACAGAAGAAGAUGCCUGAGGGCGUGAAACCGGACGUGCUUGUGGGGAGCGGCGAGUUGGACCUUAGCAAACAUUUCGCCGCGUUGCGGAAAGAGAUGCUCCAGUGCUGGCACAAAAUGGCGCCGCCGCCCAAAGUGUUCGAGGGCGAGGUGCCACUUCUCUACAACGACAACGUGAUCGGGGCCGUGUGCAUGUACGUCAGAGUGUCCGCGUUCGGGCAAACGAUCGUGACCGAGUUCGAGGCGCCGCCUGAGCGGACCGUGUCCUCGUACAUCUUCAAGGGAGACGAGUGCAACGAGAAAUCGGUGGCUUACAAAUGUCGAAUCAUCGAUUCCCAGAUCAUGGACGUUUGCAGGGACUCGAAGGAGGAGCUGUUGAAAACCGGGCCCCCUUGCCGCGUUUGCAUCAAGGAGCAACACCCUUGCACGCCUUGCGGGGACCCGACCGGGGCGACGUUGAAGCCGAACGUGAGCCGGAAGGGGAUGGACUCGACGGCUGGGAGCGCGUUGUUGGCCGCGUCCAAGCUCGAGACUUGCGCGGACGUGCACAAGACGGGUUUGAUACAGUCGAGCCGUGGGCCGGUUCAACCGUGCGGCAAGGCGGUGGUUCUGAAGGUGUCCGGGAUCCUGGACACCGGCCAGGACAAGAAGCCCACGGUCACCGUGGCGGCCGAAUCGGAUGCUCCUGGCCCGGACACGUCCGACCCCGAUCACGACGUGUUCGUGCUGAGAAUCGGGAAGAAGGGGAUCGUCGGGGUUGGGGAGAAGUCUGACAUACAAUUGGAGAUGAAAACGCCGAAGGGGACGGAGAGGGGGCCCCCGAUCAGGUGCGAGACGAGGGAGAUGCAGACGGAAGAGAAGAAGGUGAAGAAGAAAGCGAAGAAGGAGAAGAAGGAGAAGAAGAAGAAGUGAAUAGGUGUGGAUCGUUUUAAGAAAUUUCUUUUCCUCGGAUCGGAUUCCUACGAACGAUAUCGAUCUCAUUGUUGCGUGUAUAUUUGUAUAUUAUAUUUAUAUA